AUCAUCCUUCAGCAAACCUACUGAACAGUUACUCACGGUCAAGAUGUUCCUAGAUGAACGGAUUGUGACCCUCUUCAAGCGGAAUGCCCAUCACACCUUGACCUACUGGAGUGUCUUUUUCAGCUUUGGACUCUGCAUUGCUUUUUUGGGGCCUACCAUCUUGGAUUUGCAAUGUCAGACCAACUCAAAGCUGAGUGAGAUUACCUGGGUGUUCUUUGCACAGCAGUUCUGCCUGUUGAUUGGCAGCUCCAUUGGUGGUGUUUUCAAACGCACGUUGUUCAGCGCCCUCUCCGCCUUGUUCGUCUCUGCUGUCGUCAUCUCGAUAAUAUUUGCCAUCAUUCCUCUGUGCAAUAAUGUUCUCCUGCUGGCCAUCGCCAUGGCUGUGUCUGGUCUGGCCAUGGGCAUCAUUGACACCAUUGCCAACAUUCAGCUGGUGACGAUAUACCAGAGGGACUCGGCUGUGUUUCUGCAGAUUCUUCAUUUCUUCAUUGGGUUUGGAGCCCUGGUGAGCCCGCUGAUUGCAGACCCUUUCCUCUCAGAGACAGGCUGUGGGAAUCACACAGGAAACCACACGGAGAGCAUUCAUCAUUUCAGGAGCAUGCUGAGAAACAGUCCGGUUGCGGUGCACGACAUAAAUCAGAGUGACUUCCUCCACGGGGAGGGGGCGGAGGAGUCAAGUGUGCACUACGCUUUCUGGAUCAUGGCACUUAUUAAUCUGCCAGUGCCCAUUGCAGUCCUGUUUCUUAUGUAUCGGGAGCAGCUCAUCCCUUUCUGUCACAGCGGGACUCCUCGCCUUCUGGAUAAAGAUGAAUUAGCAAUGGAGAACCAGCAGGGGGCCGAGGGCCCAGACGCGCAGGAACAGGAGCAUGAAGCUGGAGGUCAUGGCGAUAUCUUUAGCUGCUGUCAGAAUGAUAACCUGCGUGGCCUUCCGGUUUCCUUCUUUAUGAUUCAUAUCCUGGGUGGAAUGGUGCUCUUUAUGACUGAUGGUAUUGUGGGUGUCUACGCCGGCUUUGUGUACACCUACGGUGUGACGGAGCCACUGUCGCUGCCUCAUAAGACUGCAGGAUACCUGGCCAGUAUCUUCUGGGCAGCCAUCACCGCCGGCCGCCUGGUGUCCGUCCCUCUCUCCUAUCGUUUUCAGCCUGUCAAACUGCUCUUGUUUAACCUGGCUGGUGCUAUUGUUACUGUGUUGAUGCUGCUAAUUUUCUACACAAGCAAAAUCUUCCUGUUUGUUGGUACCUGUUUGUGCGGCCUGUUCCUCAGCAGCAUAUUCCCCUCCAUGCUCGCCUACACUGAAGACAUCCUUGACUACCAGGGAUGUGCGACGUCAGUCCUGGUGACCAGUGCUGGGAUGGGAGAGAUGGUAAUGCAGGUUCUGGUUGGCUCAAUAAUUCAAACUGCAGGCAGCUACAGCUUCCCGUUGUGCGGAAUGAUAAUUGCCUGCUUGGGAUUUAUCCUUUUCAUUGGUCUCCUUCUUUUCCAUCGCAUGCACAGAAACUACCUCACAGGAACAUCCAAAAAGUCCGCCAUGGUUGAGGAAGCAGCGCCGGAGUCAAGUGGAUCUGCCAAGACGGAACAGAAAGAGGAGAAAGAGAAUAGCUAAAAGAGGCAGCAGCUGUGCUUUGUACUUUUACAACGGGACAUUAAAAAAAAUAUAUUGCAGUCAUUUGUCACAAAGGCUUUAAAAUUUUUUACCCAAGCCUGCAAUGUGCUGAUGUGGGUUUUAUGGUGUUGAAAAAUCAAAAAUAAGUUAUUUGACCAGAGUGGUGUUUUUGUUUUUGUUUCAAAUUCUCCCCUAAAUCACAAUCACAAGCAUUUUGUGAUAUGUUAGAACAUACACCCUUAUGUAUUUUUAUGUUGUUGUGUGUAUGUUUCCUUUUUUUUUCCUUUUUUUUUGUUCAUGGAAAAUGAAAAACAUACUUGUUUGUUGUGUCAUUAAAAGAGUUUGAGUUGUAUGAGAA